AGUAGUACUUACCAUCCAUGUGUGAAGUCACUCUGUUCUUGCCGAUAACGCAUACAAUAAUGGCCUCUUCUGUUUUACUUCUAGCCUCACGAUGCCGGGUGACAGUCCUGGGUUUGCCUGUAUGAUUGAAAUGGCUGUAUAUGGAAAACCUCCAUUAUGGAAAAAAGACACAGAGGUUCCGGAUACCUCUCAGGUAUAUUUUGAAUCAAUGUUCCUUGGUCAUGUCCCUGAAAAUAUAAAGAUCCAUAAGCAUAUGGGCCAUAUUCAGGGGUUCCAGGGCUGCAUUAGACAACUUCAAGUAAACAACAAAGAAUUCUUCAUUAUUGAUGAAGCACUUCGUGGGAGGAACAUCAAGAACUGCCAUGUGCCCUGGUGUGCUCAUCAUCUAUGCCAUAACAAUGGCACUUGCAUCAGUGAUAGUGACAACUGGUUUUGUGAGUGUCCAAGGCUGUACUCAGGGAACCUGUGCCAGUUUGCAAGUUGUGAAAACAACCCAUGUGGAAAUGGUGCCACCUGUGUUCCCAAAUCCGGAACAGACUUUGUCUGCCUCUGUCCGUAUGGGAGAUCUGGACCCCUCUGCACUGACGCUAUUAAUAUCACUCAGCCCAGCUUCAGUGGCACGGAUGCCUUUGGAUACACUUCAUUCCUGGCUUAUUCACGGGUUUCAGACAUCAGCUUCAGUUAUGAAUUCCACUUGAAGUUUCAGCUGGCAAACAACCACUCAGCACUGCAAAACAAUUUGAUAUUUUAUACUGGACAAAAAGGCCAUGGGCUCAAUGGCGAUGACUUCCUGGCAGUGGGUCUGCUGAACGGCAGUGUGGUUUACAGUUAUAACCUGGGAUCUGGCAUAGCAAGUGUCAGGAGUGAGCCCCUCGAUCUGAGCCUUGGAAUCCACACUGUCCGUCUGGGGAAAUUCUUCCAAACAGGCUGGAUGAAGGUAGAUGACCAUAAAAAUAAGUCUGUCGUCUCCCCAGGAGAACUGGUUGGUCUCAAUGUCUUCAGUCAGUUUUAUGUAGGUGGUUAUAGUGAAUACACUCCAGAUCUCUUACCAAAUGGAGCCGAUUUUAAAAAUGGUUUUCAAGGUUGCAUUUUCGCUAUUGAAGUUCAUACAGAGAAAGAUGGCCAUUUCAGAGGCCUUGGAAUUCCCAAGGGCCACCCAACUGCCGGGCGCAGCGUUGGCCAGUGUGAGGCUUCUCCCUGCAGUUUAAUGAAAUGUGGCAACGGGGGAACGUGCGUAGAGAGUGGAUCUACUGUUUACUGCAACUGUCCCACAGGGUGGAAAGGAGCAUUCUGCACAGAGACAGUCACUUCCUGUGAUCCUGAACACGACCCCCCACACCGCUGCAGCAUGGGAGCAACCUGUAUUUCAUUGCUUCAUGGAUACACCUGUUACUGUCCUCUAGGAACCACUGGAAUCUACUGUGAACAAGGGUGGAAAGGAGCAUUCUGCACAGAGACAGUCACUUCCUGUGAUCCUGAACACGACCCCCCACACCGCUGCAGCAUGGGAGCAACCUGUAUUUCAUUGCUUCAUGGAUACACCUGUUACUGUCCUCUAGGAACCACUGGAAUCUACUGUGAACAAGGUGUAUUUGGCCAUGUGGAGUUACAGCAGGGAGGCGAUGACAUUUACAAAGCAGGACGGGAACUUGCAGAGCUUAACAUGGGAAGAGAACUGUGCUUCAAAAGCAGAGAUGUGGGUCAGCAAGACGACGAACUGGGAAACUACAGGCUCUCCUUGCCUGACAAAGACACCACAUUCACAACAAUAUUGAGACCUGAACACCGCAGUGAAAACUCUGAGAUCAAUGGAGAAGCCACAGCACCCAGCUCUUCAUGA